UGUGGCCAUCUUUGUUGGUAUGUCACGUACGAGUGGCUCUGUAGAUUAAAAAAAAAAAAAAAAAAAGAUGAUCCCCUGAAUUUGAAUUAUUAACAAAAUCACACAACGAAGAAGGAGCAGCAACACACAGGCUGUAAGCAAAGGGGAAAGGAUGGAUCAGACUCCACCAGAAGCACAGGACAUGACUGUGAGGGAUGAGCUGCCAAAAACUAACCAGGAGAGUUCUGGAACACCCGACUGUGACAGUACUGUGAGCAAAAAGACUCCUGAGGAUUCAGAAGAAACCAGCAGAGCUGGAAGCACUUGUACUGACCCACAAGAGGACUGUCUGGUGGACAAGGCUGACAGUCCCGUUACAGAGCCUUGCCUUGCAGAUUGCACAGAACAUUGUGCCAUGGAAGAUGAAGUGCUCACUCCAGAUCAUGGUGGAAGUGGAGAACUGUGUUACCCAGAUUCUGCUCAGGAAGAGGAGGCCCUGUUGGUGGACAGCUUGGCAGGUGGGGAUGGAAUUGCAAAGGUGGAAACUUCCCUUGGGUCUGCAAGACAGUCUGCAACACAAUUUCUGGAAGAAGGUGACACCAUAAACAAUGCAGAGCCAGUAUCACAGACUUCUGAGAACUUUAACUCAACAAGUCCUUAUGACACAGACUUUAGCAAGAAGCUUAUUUCUGAAAUGCAGCGUUCAUUAUCACAAGAGUCUUUGUUAGAUGAAAUUGAAUCUGAAUUGCUUUCUUGUCAAAUUACAACUGAACGUACUUUUCCUAAUGGGAUAAAAAUGAAUCAAGAAUCUCUAGUUAUGUUUGACAGAUGUGUACAGAAUAAAUACUUGCAACAAGAAAAGACAAUCGGAAGGUUGCUAGAUGACAAUAAAAAGCACCAGGAGCUUAUUUUAGCAAUCUGUUCAGAAAAAGACAACAUGAAAGAAGAGUUGAAAAAGCGCUUUGAGACUGAAAAACAGCACAUUGGUUCCAUUAAAAAGAUAGAGGCUAGAGUGGAGGAGCUCACAAAGGAACUGAAAGCUUCACAAGACAAACUGGUUUCCCAAGAUGCAGCUGCCAAGAAUGCAAUUCAUCAGGUACAAAGAGAGAUGGCCUUCAGGCUAGACCAAGCUCACAGGAAGUGUGAGGAGGCGCGUCAGGAGAAAGAGUCCAUGGUCAUGAAGUAUGUCCGGGGAGAGAAGGAGGCUCUCGACCUUCGAAGAGAGAAGGAAGUGCUUGAGAAGAAGCUCCGUGAAGCAAACAAAGAAAUGGAGAAAAACUCCAACCGAGCCAAGCAGCUCUCUCAAGAGAAAGGGAGGCUGCAGCAGCUCUAUGAGACCAAGGAAGGAGAAGCUGCCAGACUGAACCGGGAGAUUGAAAAACUAAAAGAAGAAGUGAAUUCCCACGUGAUCAAAGUGAAAUGGGCCCAAAACAAGUUAAAAACUGAAUCGGAUGCACACAAGGAAACCAAGGAAAGACUCCGAGAUACUACCAGCAAACUAACCCAAGCUAAAGAAGAGGCCGAGCAGAUAAGGAAAAAUUGCCAGGAGAUGAUUAAAACAUAUCAGGAAUCUGAAGAAAUUAAAUCUAAGGAACUUGAUGCAAAGCUUCGAGAGACCAAGGGAGAGCUAGAGAAGCAAAAGCAGGAAAGAACGAACCAGUUAGAGAUGCACCACGUUAAAGCCAAAGAGCUUGAUGACCUGAAGAGAACCUUUAAAGAGGGGAUGGAUGAACUGCAUACUUUGAGAACCAAGGUGAAGUGCCUGGAGGAUGAAAGGUUAAGAACAGAGGAUGAAUUAUCAAAAUACAGAGAGAUAAUCAACAGACAGAAAUCUGAACUUCAGAAGCUACUGGAUCGAGUUAAGGUUGUACAGAGAUUGGAAGACCAGCAUCAAAGAGACGAGCAGUGCAUUGUAUCCUUGAAAGAGGAGAUGGAGAACCUGGAAUCUGUGAUCACAGACCUACAGAAAGACGUGGAAGGGAGUCGAAUAAGAGAGUCUGAACUGCUGGGCUUCACAGAGAAACUGACCAGCAAGAACGCUCAGCUGCAGUCUGAAGCCAACACGCUGCAGAUUCAGCUUGACAAGCUGACCUUCAGAGAGAGGGAGCUGGAGACCCUGUUAGAAGAGAAGGGCCUCAGCAAUGCUGAGCUGACAAAUCGAUUACAGAAAGAGGAACAGUUGAGGCAGGAGGAAGUCCAGACUCUUCGAAGUGAGCUAACAUCACGGAGCAAAGAAAUGGCUGGACUUAGAACUAGUAUCGAAGAACUGAACGAUGAGCUCGCUACGCAGAAACGAAAGCAGAUAGCAAAUCUAAAGGACCUUACUAAACAACUCCUGCUAGCACGGAAAAAACUUGAUCAGAUGGAAAACGGCAACAAUGAUAAAGAAGCCAGCAGCAUGGGGAGUCGUUCUAGCUCAUCAGGCUCUAUAAAUGCACGGAGCAGUAAUGAUGAUCGCUCCCCAGAAAACACAGGCUCAUCAGUCGCAGUGGACAGCUUCCCUGAAGUGGAUAAAGCUGUUCUGAUCGAGAGGAUUGUGCGGCUACAGAAAGCCCACGCACGAAAGAAUGAAAAGAUUGAGUUUAUGGAGGACCACAUCAAACAGCUGGUGGAAGAAAUUAGAAGGAAAACAAAAAUUCUCCAGAGUUAUGUUCUACGGGAGGAGACUGGAGCACUGUCUACUGAGGCCUCGGAUUUGAACAAGGCUCAUCUGAGCAGGCGAGGAGGAAUCAUGGCCUCCCUCUACACAUCUCACCCAGCAGACAGUGGCCUCACACUGGAUCUGUCUCUAGAAAUAAACAGGAAGUUACAGGCAGUGUUAGAAGACACGCUGCUGAAAAACAUUACAUUGAAGGAAAGUCUUCAGACGCUUGGAUCAGAGAUAGAAAGACUAAUAAAACUCCAGCAUGAACAGGAGCAGCGGGUAAAGAAGAAAUGAAUCUGUCCAGGUUCAGCUAACCAAGGAAUGUAAAUAAAAUGAAGAGAUGCUCCACAAUGUCCAACACCAGUCAGCAAAUGAUUUUGUUUUCUCUGUAGCAGAAAGUCUGUAAUAUCUGUUUAAGUGUUAUGAACAGGUGACAACAUGAAUGCACAGUGCGCGCGCGUGUGUGUGUGUGUGUGUGUGUGUGUAUUUUUGAUCAAACUGAUACUGAAUAAUUGUAAAUGCUAAAAUACACCAAAAGUAAGAUCUCUGGCGUUUCCUUUUGUCAACCAAAUACAAAGCUGAUAUUUCCUUCUGGACUAGGUUGUUUUUAUUGUUCUCUGUAAGAUGCAGGGAGUGCUUUGUCUCUUGGAUUUCACUUAAUCUUGCUUUUAAAACUUAUCCUCAAAAAAUGUGUUCCUUUUUUAAUCACACUUGCGCGCCUUCAGCACAAGCAAAUAACUUGUUGCCUGAGAUGUGAGAGUUUAAACAGCUCUAUUUAUUUAACUAAUAUUUAAUGAGAAAGCCUCUUCCAAAGAAUGCAUCUCUUAAGAGCCCAGUUGCAUUUAUGUUUUUAAAAUUAAUUAGACCUACAAACUGCAUGUUGGUUUUUAAGUACUUUGUCAAUAGGGCAUGACUGUGUUCUAACAAUACUUGGAAGCAUUGGGGUAAAGUUUUACCAGCCACUGAAAUAGAGUGUAAUGCAAAGUAUAAAAAACUAAACAUAAGCUUGCAGACCAAAUCACCACACUGAACAUUCUUGUUGAAGGAUUUAUGGAAAUCAGUGUAUCUCGCAUGCACAUGCACAGUGAACCUUCCAGCUUUUCUAUACUUCCAACAGCUCUGAUUGUAACCCUGUUUUUAGAUCUCCGUGUGUGUUGAGUGGAGUCUUGUUUUCUUGUUCUGUGCACUUGCAAUUUAAAAUCAAAGCUAGCCUUCAGUAUUCUUUUACAUUGUGUCUGAUUCGAGCUCUUGAUUUUUUUUCCCUAAAACAUGCAUGUUUCUUCUCUUGGUUUUUGUUAUCGAGCAGAUUCCUCAGCAUAGUGUAUUCAGUUUAUUUUCACUGGAUUCUACCUGUAGUGCAGAUAGUUCACUCUUGCUUAUGGAUCUGCACUGUGCAGUAGGAGUUAUUCCUAUAUGAAACAGUGAGUGGCUUAUUACUAUAGAAAACUCAUGUGGUCUCCUGGUUUUGUGUUAUUUGCUGAGAACUUUUUUUGACCUAUUUAAGUGUCUGGCAUUGUAGCUCACCUUCAAAUGAAAAGCGAAGCUAUUUGUGUAUUGAGUUUUAUUGGCUCUUUUGUAUACUGUGUGUGUGGGUAUGUAUGUAUGUGUGUUUUCCUCCAGCAAAAUGGUAUUUCAUGAACUAAUCUAAAUUUGAUUUAAUAUAUGUUUAAGUGUUUAUUUUAAAAGGGAAAUGUAACAAUGUAAUGUCUGUAGUAUGAAGUUGAAUAAGUGGACAUUGGAAAUAGGGUUAAAGUGCAAUUGUGCGCUUGGAAUGUGCGCCUUUUAAAGCAUGCACAAUGUUAUUGCCUUCAAUACAAAUACAAAGACACUAAUAAUCUGGUGAUGAAGUGUGGAUACCUCGGGGGUGAACACGUUAUUUAACAUGAUCGUCUUGUUAGGAUACUAGAGAUCCGUUCACCCGCCUGACUGUAAUUUAAGAAUUCCAGAGUAGCAUGCAGAAAUUUAAACAGUAUCCAUGAUUAUCAACAGCCCAGCUCUAAAAAGACUCUAAAUUGACCACCUACUGUAUCCAUCACUGUUUCUGCCAAAACCUGUUUAAGUGAUGCUACACACCAUGCUUAAGACAGACUUUUACUAAAGAAGCCAAACAUAUCUGCAUUGUUUAGACUAGUGCAAUCUUCUUAGCCUAUAUUCAAUGAUAUGCUUCGUGGGGGAUAUGCAAAUGCUUCUGUUUAAAACGGUAUGAAGCUGGGCCUGUUAGGUAACAAAUAAUAUCAAUCGCCACUUACAUUUUUAUUUAUUUAUUUAUUUAUUUAAACAAAUUCCAUGCCAGUAAAGUAGCACCAUUAAUUACACUAAAAACUGAGUGAAACUGUGAUAAAUGUAUGUUUGCACAGAAAUGAAAAUGUAUGUUGUUUCUGCAUAAGGAGUGAUGUGGAAAAGGUGUAGAUUUCGCAUUAGCACCAGUAAUAUAACAAGAAGCAUGCCACCCCUGCUGCUGCUGUGCGGUGCGGGGGGGGUGUUAACCUUCCUUUCAAAUCCACAGCACUCUUUAGCACGGGCAGGAAGCAUGCAAUGCCCUGUUCCUGAAUGUCACGCUUGCCCACUAUUUAAUACAUUUCUAAACUGGUGUAGUGUGGCAUGACAUUAUUACUGGUUAGUCGUUCCACAAAUGGAAUGGGUACAUUACAAUAUAAAACAAAGGGCCUUGAUAAAGAUUCUCUCGCAGAAAAAUGUGUGGGCGUUUGCUUGUAUUAUUGCUGAUUAAACAGUCAACCGCUUUUAGUGUGUGUGUUUUUUGGUUUUUUUUUUAAAUGCAGUGGUCACAUUGCUUUUUAUACUGUUUCCGCACAGAAGAUGCAACUCCACAACUAGGUCUAGUCUGUAUGGAAAUUAAAACCUAUCCACAAGCUUUUAAAAUCACAAUUCAAUUACUACUGGUAACAAAAAAACCAUGAAGACUUGCUGAUUUAAAGUUAUUCUGUCUCUCUAAUUAUGUGAUUUUUUUUUUUUUUUUUUUUUUUUGUUUUAGUGUUUUUAAUCUUGCCUAUUUGUGUCUCUUUCUUGUUAUGUCCUUUCUAAAUUUGAAGAUUUAUUUUAGGCCAUUGAAAUAUGAAAUUGUAAUUUUGGACUUUGCAGUUACAGGUUUAUGUAUAAAUGGUUAACUGUUUUUAAGGAUAUAUGAUUGUAUAUAUGGCAGUUAAAGUGAAUAAACAUCUACAACUAUUUGUUCUGUCAAAGUAUCCUCAUUCUGAAUGAAGGCUUUAAAUAAUACAGUAUUCUGUACAGGGACAUUAAUUCCUGUGAUUGUUAAUCUGAUUGUGGCUUAUGUUAUGUGGCUAAUAUUUUUUAAGAAACUGGGAAGAUCACUUGAUAAGACUUUGAAUAAUUAACUUGCAGUGACUAUUUUUGCAGUAAACCCCCCCC